AAAAGUGGCCUCGGAUACCCAUAGCCGCAUAGUCUUCUGGUUUGUUUGUAUCACUGAUUCAACCGUAGACAUGAAGGCUUCGGUAGCUCUGCUCUGCCUGGUGGCAUUUGCAAACGGUGCAGUCGUUCCGUUGUAUGGUGGUGUCGACCAGCAGUUCGGUAUUCCGAAAAUCCCUCACCAUGAUCAUGACCACCAAGUCCCCCAACAUCAGCAGCCACAUCAAGUUCCUCCCCAGGGUCACCAGCAGCAUACCCCGCAGAUUUAUCCACUUCAAAGCCCCCAGCAUCAACAAAAAGUCCCUCCUCAGGAUCACCAGCCGCAUAUUCCGCAAAUCUCUCCCCACGAUCACCAGCAGCAAAUCCCGCAGCUUCACCCACUUCCAAGCCACCAGCAUCAACAACCGCAAAUCCCUCCCCACGAUCAGCAAAUCCCGCAGCUUCACCCACUUCCAAGCCACCAGCAAAAACAACCGCAAAUCCCUCCCCACGAUCAGCAAAUCCCGCAGCUUCACCCACUUCCAAGCCACCAGCAAAAACAACCGCAAAUCCCUCCCCAUGAUCAGCAAAUCCCGCAGCUUCACCCACUUCCAAGCCAGCAAAAACAACCGCAAAUUCCUCCCCAGAAACAUAUUCCCCAACAUCGUCAAAGCUCACCCGAGGAGGAACAUCCUGAUAGCCAAUUUCCCCUACCGGAUAAUAUGACAGAACAAGAGAAGCAGAUCGGGAGGGAAAUGCUACUGCUGAAGCAGAUUGACAACAUGAUGCAGCAUCGAAAGAUACUGCUGCAGCAGCAGCUUAAUGAGCACCGAGACCCACAGAACCACCAGCUUCCGUCAAGCCCAGCCGAGCAGCAGCAAAGGAUCAAGGAGCAGGAGCAGCAAAUUGGACGCGAAAUGGAAGUGCAGAUGCAGCUUGCAAAAGUGAUAGAGCACCAAAAGCAGCAACUAGCGCAACAGAUGGAAAACCCAUCCCAGACACCUGGACAGAUCAAGAUGCACGAGAAGAUUAUCGGCCGGGAAAUGCUGUUUGCACUCAAGCUCGAUAAAGUGAUGGAACUGGAAAAGCAGCACCUUCAGCGAAACAUUCGAAGACUCCAGGCUCAGCAUCAGGAUCCUCCAAGCCCAUCCCAGGAGCAAAGCAUAAAGCAGCUGGAGCAGCAGAUUCAACGGGGAAUGCUAAUGGUGCAGGACCUGCAAGAAUUGAUCCAGCGCCAAAAGAAUCAACUGCAGCAGCAUAUUGAACAGAAGCAACACCCAUACUACGAGAACCAUCCCGACAGCCUGGUGAAACUGAAACAUCAUAUUUCAGAGCAGGAGAGACAGAUUGGGCGUGAAAUGCUAUUGCAAAAUCAGCUAGAGACUUUGAUGCAGCAUCAACAGGAACAACUGCAGCAGCAGAUUGAACAGCAACAACAGCAAACCCAACAGCUACUGCCUCCGAGUGCAUCAGAACAGGAAGACUAUUUCACGGAGCAGGCAAAACAGAUUGGACGGGAAAUGCUAAUGCAGUUGCAGCUGACCAAACUAAUGCAAGAGCGGGUGCAGCUGCAGAUAGAGCAGGCGCGAGAAUCUCAACAGGAGCCCAAUGAUGUUCAACAUCUUGAACCCCCAAUGGAGGAGAUUCCCCAGGAACCCCAGGUUUUCGUGCCUGUGCUGGUCGUCGAAGGAUAAGAAGUUUUGGGAGUGCUUCCGCAGUGAAACGAAAACGAUUUCUUGGACAGCUACAACAUGGUAGUAAAAAGGGCUACUAACACUUGGAACAACAAGCACUAACGGUUCAAGGUCAUUGAUGAGUUCUUUUCCUUUUUUUUUGGUUACUUUACAUUCAAGGUUACGAUGGUGACGAAGAAAUCUUUUAACAAUAUCUGACCGCUCAUGGUAGCAACGAAUUCUAAAUUUUGCAGACACUUUUUCUACGCUUCAAUAUAUUGUUUCUAUACAGAAGAUACUACAACUAA